AUUUCCCAAAGACUUGAAGAACGGUGUCGUGCAUAAAACGGGACCUGAGGACAGAGAAAACUGAAAGGUGGCAUUGCCGAGCAGAAGAAAGGAAGAAAUAAAAAUGGAAGAAGAGCUGAAGCUGUUCAGAACAUGGUCGAGUCCGUUUACUUUGAGAAUAGUAUGGGCGUUAAAAUUGAAAGGGUUAGAAUACGACACCGUUUACGAAGAUCUGGCGAACAAGAGCCCCUUGCUUUUGGAGUACAAUCCGAUCCACAAGAAGGUUCCGGUGCUCGUCCAUGGCGGAAAGCCAAUCGCCGAAUCACUCGUUAUUCUUGAAUACAUCGACGAAGUAUGGAAGCAAAAUCCAUUGCUGCCUCAGGAUCCUUACCAGAGAGCCGUUGCUCGCUUUUGGGCUAAAUUUGGGGAUGACAAGGUUUUGGAAUCUAUAAAGAAAGUGUUUAUGAACCAAGGGAAAGUGAGAGAGGAAGGUGUGGAAGAAGCCUUGGAGAAUUUGAAGCAUUUGGAAGAAGAGUUAAAAGGAAAGAGAUUCUUUGGAGGAGAGACUAUAGGGUUUGUAGAUAUUGCAGUUGGGUGGCUUGCAAACUUAGCAAGUGUAUUGGAGGAAGUUAUUGGAAUUGAACUAAUAACUGAAGAAAGGUUUCCCCUCUUGUCCAAAUGGAUAAAGGAAUUUGCUGCUGCUCCAAUCAUCGAUGAAAACUGGCCACCUAGAGACAAGCUUAUCACUAAGUACCAAGCAAUGCAUCAAACUUUCAUAAAUAAACAAGCAUGAUUAUGAUCAUUGAAUAUCCAACUUUUCUUCGUUUAGGCAGUAACCAAGUCUACUGUUCUAUAGAAUAAUGUUGAAGAAUAAUUAAAUAGUUGUAAAAGCAGGGUGUUAGGGGCCAUGUGAGGGGAGGAAAGGGAAAGGGUAUAGUAAUUAAUUGUCAUAAGGAGAGUUUAGCUAUAUAUCAACUUUUCAACUUGUCGUGAAGAAUGUUAUUUUUACAAUGGUAUUACUUUCACAAGUCCCUGUGUUCUACGAGAUGUCUGUUCUAUGAUUUUAAUAAAUUUGAGUUUAUGAAA